UAGUAAUAGCGAAACUAAUAGAAUAGAAGAAACAGCAAGUUGGGUAUGGAAUUAUUUUGAAAUCUUACAAUCAACAUCUGAAUACAAAAAACAAGGAAGUUGCCUGAUUGAAGUUGAUGAUAGAAAUUCUUCUAAUAGCAAACGUAUUUGUGGUCAAAUAAUUCGUACACAAGGAUCAACACGAAACUUUGCAACACAUUUAGGAAGUUAUGAAGUUACAAAAGGAACCAACUCAACUAAUUCUCAAAAUCUCACACAAAGUUUAAGUUUUAUUCAUCUACUUAAAGUAUUAGAUCCUUAUUAUGAUUUACCAUCUGACAAACAAAUUAAACUUCGAAUUAAUGAAGGAUAUAAUCUUGCAUCUGCUCAUUUAAAAGAGAUCUUGAAGAAUAAAGUUAGGUUUU